AUGGCUAGAGCGGGAGCCAAAAGACCAUCCCCAUCAUCUCAGCCCGACGACGAGGAGAGUGAAAGUGUCCGUGCGAGAGAUAUCAAACGAGUGAAAAGAGAACGAAUAGAAGAGCAGAACCGAGCUGAGGAACGGGAUGGAUUAUCGGAUGAUUCGUCCGACUCGUCUGAUUCUGUACCUAGUCUAGAUGAGGAAGAUAUCAGUGACGAUGACGAUGAUCCCCUGGAUAACUACGAGGAUGUCCAAUUCAAGGAUGAUGUGCUGGUACAAGCUUAUCAAGCAGCGAGGAAGCGUCAGAAGGGUUAUGUCGGGUCCACUUCGGAAGGAGGUGUAUUGAAAUCGAUCAACCUGGUAGAUUUCAUGUGUCAUCGACAUCUCACGGUAGAUUUCGGACCGAGGAUGAACUUCCUUGUAGGGCAUAAUGGAAGUGGAAAAUCAGCUGUACUUACUGCUAUAGCUAUCGCUUUGGGUGGCAAAGCGAUGACGACUGGUAGAGGACAGGGACUGAAGGAUCUGAUCAGGAAGGGAGCAGACAAAGCGAUAAUCACCAUUAUCAUGGCCAAUUCCGGUCCACAGGCAUUCAAACCUGAUGUUUACGAUCCUCACAUUAUCAUCGAACGAACCAUAUCACUGAACGGAACGACUGCAUACAAGUUCAGGGCCAGUAGAGAUGGACGGAUUUUGGCCAAUAAGAGAUCAGAGUUGUCAGCGAUAUUGGAAAAUUUUAAUAUCAACAUUGAUUCACCUUUGACUCUCUUGACUCAAGAUCAAGCCAGAAGCUUCUUGUCGAGUUCAGAUCCUGGUCAAUUAUACAAGUUCUUCUUGAAAGGUACCCAACUUUCGGCGCUGCUUGAAACAUACGAGUCUUCGAUGCAGAAUAUAGAGCAAGUGAAUACCCUUAUCAAGAGACAAGUCGAAGCUGUACCUGCGCUCAAGGAGAAGGUGGAUACUCUCCAACGAAAGUUACUUGCUUCAGAUGCUAUCCUGAGGCAGAGAGAGAAGUACAAGACCAUCCUCAACCAGUCAGCUUGGUCAUACGUAACAGAUAAGGAGAACGAACGAGACGAAUGUCAACAAACGGUCAAUGAGAAUGACCAGAAGAUUGAAGAAGCUCAGCGUGAGGUGUACAAACACGAGAAAAAACUGGUCACAUUAGCAGAAGAAAUCAGACAAACCGAGAAAGAUAUUUCCAAUUUCGACGAGACGCGCAAACCGCUUCAGAAAGCUGUUCGUGAUGCGAAAGAAAAGGUGAAGAGGGAAAAGAAAGAACUUGGUGACAUAGACGCAUCCAUCAUGACCGUCCAAGAAGAUAUCGACACGGACCGAGGUGGUCUACAGAUCCUACAGAGAAAGAUUGACGCCAAAUUGCGAUUGGAUGCCAAUGCGCAACGAGACGAACAUGCGAGGUUACUUCGAGAUCGAACCCGAUACGAAGAAUUCGCUGAUAAAUUACGCAAAGAUAAACCGAAAAAGCAACUGCAAUUAGCAGAGAAGAAUGGCGAUCUCAAAGUUGCGAUACAGGCUGCUGAACAGAUAACAUAUCAACUUCAGCAGAAGGAGACUGCUGUCUACAACAUCAAUGAGAAGAUCAAAAACCUUGAAGGUCAAUCGACAAAUCGACUGACAGCUUUCGGUCAUGGCUUGAACAACGUGAUGAGAGAUAUUGAACGUACCAAAUGGAGACAUUCUCCACCACUCGGUCCUUUGGGUAUGUAUGUCAAAUUGAAUGACAUGUACUAUCGAGACACCAUUCAGGGGAUUCUGGGUGCAACUCUCUGUACUUUCGCUGUUCGAGAUCCACACGAUCGAGCCACCCUCGUCGAGAUUCUUAGAAGAAAUAUGAGAAAUGGCUAUCGACCUGGUACCGGUCAGAACCAGGUCCCUCCUGUUUAUAUGCAUGGUGGAGACACAUUCGACUACAAGCGAGGUGAUUUGAGUCACCUUGGCCCAACUGUCCUCAGCAAACUUACAGUAACCAACGACGACGUUCUUCGAUUGCUCAUCACUUUGCACCGAGUGGAGAGGACUUUCCUGGCACGAACGGUGCAAGAAGCAAAUAACGAGAUGAAACGAUUUCAUACCAACAAGAUAUUGGACCACGUCAACUUCUUUUCGGCAGAUUUCCAACAAAUCUCUGGUACCAGGUCGAGCAAGAGUUCCAAUCCAUCAACCCAAUGGAGAGGGAACCUCCUUUUCACUAGGGACCUGAACGAUGAUGUACAACAAGCGCGCGAACAACUCCAUGCGUGUGAAAAAGAACUGCAAGCAUUGACGGAAAAGAAGCUAGAGGCUGAGAAGACUAUCGAAGAGAUCAAUAAAGAAGUGAAGGAUAUUGGUGCUGCAAUCAAGAAGAUAACACAGGGCCUGAAGCCUAUCGAUUCCAAACUGGACGAAAUUCGAGGGAAGCUUGCGGAGAUCUCUUCGACCGAGAUGGAUAAUUGGGAAGCUGAGCGUGAAGAACGAAUGCGUAAAAUCCAAGAUAAAGAAGACCAACUUCAAGCGUUUAUCAACGAAAAGCAGAAGAAGGAACUUGACAUCGAACGAUAUCAACAGGAUAGUAUCAAUCGUCAGAGAGAAUUAGAUGAGCAUAUGCCUCAACAAAAUCAGCAAGCUGAAAUCCUCACUGCCUUGGUACAACAUCGUGCAGAUGCCGACGCGAAGAAAAAGUAUUAUGAGAAUGCCAUGAAAAUUUACCAAAUUAGGAGAGAUAAAGCUGCUGCUGAAGUUGCAGAUUAUGAUGCACAGAUUGAAGAAUGGGCUAGUCAAGCGAGAGGCUUCUGUCCCGUACGAGUACGUUCUACGAAAAGUUCUGCUCAACUUGCCCAAGAGAGAGCAACAUUGGAAGCAGCUAUCAAAGAAGCUGAAAGACAUCUCGGUGUGGAUACCAGUCAACUCGCGUCGGAUCACAGAGCAGCCAAACGACUGCUGGUCGAUGUUUCCAAGAAUAUCAAGCAAAUGCAAAAAUUGAACAGAGUGUUCCACCAUGCGAUGAGAAACAGACGAACGUGGUGGGCCGAUAGUCGAAACAACAUUGCAGUAAGAGCUAGAACGGCUUUCGUCGUCUUUGAGAGCAUGAGAGCGAUGGAGGGUAGAUUGGAGUUUCAACAUAAGGAAGAGAAGUUAUCUUUGGUGGUACAUUCCACUACCCGCACAGAAAAUGAAGAUGGUGAAUUGACUGAACGAUCGCACUACAAAACACCCAAGAACCUCUCCGGAGGUGAAAGGUCAUUCUCCACCGUCUCUUUCUUAUUAUCUUUAUGGUCAACUGUUCCAUGUCCUCUAAGAGCCCUGGAUGAAUGGGAUGUGUUCUUAGAUGCGGCGAAUAGGAGAGUGGCAGCUAAAAGUCUAAUGGAAGGAGCGAGGGAAAGUGAGGGCAAACAAUAUAUAUUGAUUACUCCGCAGGACAUGUCUGGUAUAGAACUGAAUGGACCUGAUAUGAAAUUGAUCAGGAUGCCUGAUCCUAUCAGGAACCAGUAA